CACGCGGUUGCCAAACUAUGAGAACAGCUUUCCUCUUCAGAGCACCAAUGACACUCAGCCUCAGCUCUGCGGAAACUUAGAUUCCACAAUACAAAUAACACUCACUUUCAACUCUUCUGAAAUCUUCAUUCCACAACACGAACCAGAAGCUACCCCACACCUUACCAUCAGGCCGAGACUCGACACUCUCGCAAUGAAAGUCACCAUCGUCAUUGUGGCCAUCGUCAGUCUCUUCAGCACUGUUCAAGCUCUGCCUGUCGCCUCUGAGAUGGCACUUACAACGUAUGCCCCAACUGGGUUUGGCAGCACAAUGCUCCAUCUUGCACCAAUAAUGGCACCGUCACCACCAUUAUCGGUACUGUUACCACGACAGCUGCGGCUCAAGCAAUGCCUCGACAGGCAAAAUGUCCAGACUGGCCCUGGCCCUGUAUCUCGCCGGCACUCAAACUGCUCCCGGAUCCGGCCCUAUAAUUAUGAUUGCUGCAGUGGCGACUCAAGACAUCGAUGUGGCAGAGGGUAGCCACCUUGGCUACGAGCUGAUAGUGCUACGAUCCCAGUCGGUCACCCCCAUAAGGCUGUCUAAACUUGACAAGAUGCUUUGACUGCUUGUCAUGAGGACGGUACAGACCAGAUCAAGCUUAUAGUUGACCCUACAAACGCCCAACCUUUCAGUACAGCGAAGUGAGAUUUUACUGCUUUUUGAUUCACUGCCUGUCAACGAACGAAGGAAUGGUUGGAUUUUAUACAUACUUGCCGGUUGGCGCUUGUCUUCAUCAUUUAUGGACGUUUUGGU